UCGAUGGUUCACAAAGUCUUCUCCCUCGCUCCACCUUGAUGUGUAUUUUUGCAUGCAUAUUAAUUAAAAUGUGAAAGAAGUUGACUUGUACCCAUCGAUCGGUGGAAGACUUUCUUCCUUCACGUUUAAUUAGAAGGUGAUGAUUCCAAUCAAGCAAGCUACCAAAGCCGCGUUUGAGCAGCAAAGUUUGAAACUCUUUCACAUGCAAAGAAUCUUUCCAAUCUCCAUGCACUUCUGAGUUUGUGUAUAAAUAGAGGAAACCUCGACCAAAGCUAUAUCAAUAAUAUCGAUCACUUCCAUCACCAUGGACACUCACUUGUUUGUUACAAUCUUUUGUGUCCUCUCUGUUUUAGGCUGCGGCUUGGGCGCCAAUGCACAACUUUCUCCCAACUUCUAUGGAGCCCGUUGCCCUAGACUUCAAAUCAUCGUGCGAGACGCCAUGAGGCAAGCUGUGAUUAGGGAGCCACGUCUUGGUGCCUCUAUUCUUCGCUUGUUCUUCCAUGACUGCUUUGUUAACGGCUGCGAUGCAUCACUUCUACUGGAUGACACGCCCUCCUUCACAGGCGAAAAGAAUGCUUUCCCCAAUAGAAAUUCAGCCCGGGGUUUCGAAGUUAUCGACGCCAUUAAAACUCGUGUCGAAGCUGCCUGCAAUGCUACUGUUUCUUGUGCCGACAUUUUAGCACUUGCAGCAAGAGAUGGAGUCGUCUUGCUGGGAGGACCCUCGUGGACAGUGCCACUGGGGCGGAGAGACGCCAGGACAGCUAGCCAGAGCGCAGCCAACGACCAACUUCCGUCUCCGUUUGCCGACCUUGGAAUCCUCAUCUCUAAAUUCGCGGCCAAAGGGCUAAAUGCCCGCGACAUGACCGCGCUCUCUGGUGGCCACACGAUAGGCCUAGCCCGAUGCACCACAUUCCGGACCCACAUAUACAACGAAACCAACAUUGACCCAAACUUUGCCACGACCCGAAGGGCCAGCUGUCCGGCUUCCGGCGGUGACGAUAAUUUGGCCCCGCUUGACUCGCGGACUUCCAACCGGUUCGACAACAGCUAUUACAGGGACCUUGUGGGUAAACGCGGGCUUCUUCAUUCGGACCAAGAGCUUUUCAAUGCAGGCUCCCAGGAUGCUCUGGUUAGGACCUAUAGUAAUAACGUUGCAGCUUUUGCUUUUGACUUUGCUGCUGCGAUGCUGAAGAUGAGCAAAAUUACCCCGCUCACCGGGACUGACGGGGAGAUUAGAGGGAAUUGCAGGGUGGUUAACUGAUCCUGAUCAUCACCUUUUAAUAAUUAAGGUCUAGCUAGCUUGGUCGGUCCAUAAUGGACGGGAUUUUAAUACUAUUAAUUUUGGUAUUUGUAAUUGUUGGGCCGAAAAAAAGGCAACCCCAUGUAAUAUGGAGUUUUUGGGAAAAAGUCCCACAAAC